CUCAAACCUAAGCCAAUUCACAUUAAUAGAACACUUUCAUGUGAUCCAGGGGGAAGGGGAUCCCAACAUAGAGAAGGAGUAAAAGGCAACAAAGGACACUGUAAGAUCAGGGGAAGAAGAUUUAUAUACUUAAUAGAGUUUAUAUUUGAGGAAGACUAGCUGGCCUUCUGAAUGUAAUAGCGUGAUCCUGAAACCUUCUUGUCAAAAUGGGCAAUGAAAACAGCAGCCCAGAAAGUCAGGAUAUUCAGUCUGUUCCAGAAUCAAUCCAGCCACCUAGUAAUGAGAGAGAAGCAAAAAAGAAAAAGCAGAGGAGAAAGAAUAAAGACAGAACUGUUGAGGAGAAUGAUUUUGAUAGCUCACCUGUAGAUUCUGCUGUUUCACAUUUGCUGCCAGAUAAUGAGCCUUCCUUAGCCGCAGGAGAUGCCAGAGGGAGCUGGCCUUUAAUGUCUGAACGUGAGACAAGUGAGUCCUACCAAUCCCUUGUCCCACAUAAUCUUCUUUUUACUGGGUUUGAUGUAAAUGAAGAGUCAAGAUCUCAAAUGCCAGUCACAAGCAGCCUUAGUAACGAAGGCCUGUGCAGCAAUGCCGGUGAAGAAUCACUUGGUGCAAACAUAUUUGCAGUAUCUCCAGAGGUGACAGCACUGGAGGAUUUUCUGCACCAACAAGAGCAAGCAGUGUCUGACUUCUCAGAGUGGGCUAGUGAAGGAAACAAAGACAAAAGCCAAGUUCUGCCAAUGCCUCUGGUGGAGUGUGUCAAGGAGCAUGCUGCUGUGAGUCUUGAGGAUACCUAUGGAGAGUUACCUGGUCUACUGUCGUACCCAAACACUGUGAAUGACAAAACCACAAGAACUAUUCCCGAUCCAUCUCUCAGCAGUGAUUCAGAUACUCUACCACCUGCUGCCACCUUUGCAAUAAAGGAUGAAAAAACUCCAGAUGAUUUUAGCUCAGCACUUAAUCCUUUGUCAGAUGCCACUUGGAUGCCAGGAGCUGGGACUGAACAAACCAUUUCCAGUGAAUCAGAUUCAUUACAACAGAGUGAACAGCUGAAUGAUAAGCAAAAUGUACAUGUUGUCCCAUUACCUAUGAGUGAAGAAGGGCUGGAUUACUGUAUCCCUCAAGGGACCAGCCAACCAGGAGAAUCUUUGGAAGGGGGCCAUGGGGAGCAAACUGUACUAAAACUAGGUGGACAGAACACAGAUGGCCCAAACAGCCUGGUAAUGAAAAAAGAAACUUUAAUCCUAAAUUGUCCCACAGCAGGAGGUUCAGACACUGAAAAACACAGAGCAGUUGUUGAGGGUCAAAGUUUUGUCAGCCCCAUUGCCUCCAUCAGUGAAAGCAGCAAUGACACAGCAACAAGCAAAAGAGAUGACCCUUACCAUAUUUUUCCUGAAGAGAAUAGCGAGCACUCUGGUCUCAUUUCUGCCCUGCACAGUUUGCCCUUCACUCCUUGUGAUUUGUCUCUGAUAACCAUGACUGAAGAAAAAAACAGGGGCUGCCCACCUGAAAGAGAAUGCCCAGAUCAAACCACAAGUAAACCAGAAACCCUCUUUCUUACCAAAAGAGAAAAUCGCAGUGGGAAUUUACUAGUGAGCCCUGAGCCUCCCGGUGUGUCCUUGUUGCCUGAGGAAAAUGAAAAACAGAAAGCAAGUACUGCUGCCUCUGAGAAGAGAGCAGAGCAUGCCAGCGGCAAAGAAAUCACAAAAGCUGAGUGUGUGAGUGAGGGAAACAUUGCUCUCGCUGACCCAGAAAAUCUUGUGUGUUUUGGGAGAGAAGAUUCCAUUGUAGAUAAAAGAUUGUCCCCGUUGGGAAAUGUAAAAGACUUCACAAGUGAGAGUGAGCUUACUGAGCUCAUUAAAAAAGACAGUCUAGUAUCUCAGGAAAACAAAGACAUUUCUUUGGGAGAGGUUGGAAGUCAAGAGAGGCCAGUUUUAACAAGUCCUCUUGUACAGGAAGAGGUAAACCUUUCUCAAGGGACCUUGCUAAACUUUGAUAUUAACAAAAUGGAAGAGAGUCCUAACACCAACUCAGGUGAUUACUGGAGCUUUCUGGCAAACAGUGUUCAAAGUGAUGCCGGUGGCAAAGUUUUGGAAAAUGAUUUAUGUUCAGAACAUAUUCUGAAUGUACCUGAAGAGCAUUUACCUGAAUUAAAUAGGAGAUCAGAGAGAGAAAAAACAGCCCCCCAUGAGGAGGAGGAGGAUAAAAGCCUUCUGUCUGUGGAAGCACUACAUUUACAAGAGAAAAUGUGCCCACAGAGCUGUGAUCUUUUAACAGAAGACACACAGCUCAGCUUUACAGCCUGUGAAAUGGCAGAGAAAAUUUGUUUAGUAGACACACAUGGUUCACUGAUGCUGCACUCGGAGGACAAUGCUGUUAUGCAAAAUGAGCGAGAUGGAUCCUGGGAGCAUACACUUUCUCAAAGAACUGAAUGGGAGCUGGAAGGCCAAGCAAUGCAUGAAAUAACAUCUGAAGGCAACACAGCAUUUGCAGAAAUAAUACCAGCUCCUAAAGCAGAACCCGAGCAUCAGGACUUAAAUGAACAGGCGAGGAUUGCUGGAUGCAUUACAGGAGUAAAAACAAAAAUCCAGGAGGAUCUAACCUGUUUUGAAAGCAAACCACAGAUGCUGACUUGCAGUGAAGCUGCCUGUGUACCUGUGACAGUUGCUGAGCAAAGCAACCCUGUGGGUCAGAGAGAAAGUAAUGAAACUGGUCAAGAGGAAUAUAAAAUUGACAUGAAAAGUCAGGUAACCAACACAAAUGUGGCACAGAAAGCUAAAAGCAAAUUGGACUCCCUGCAGCAAGUACAACAGGAACAAGUGACUGAAGAACAUAACCCAAGUAUGAGAGAGGAUUAUUCUGGCAGCCUACAACUAACAUCAAACACUGUAAAGGCUGAUUUCCAGCAGACGAAACUGGGAGAUUUACAAGAUUGCAGCAUAAGAGAGCAUAAUGAUGCACUAGAGAGCAGUGAUGGAGAAACAUCUUUGGAAACUCUUCACAGAAAGGCUGCAGACGUACAACAGAUGGUGGACAUUUUCAUGCCAUUUCCACAAGUAGAAAUGAAAGAUAGUCUGGAGUCCUUUCACUUUAUUUGCAGUAAUCAACACCACCUUUCAAAAACAGAACUUGAAAAGGUGGAUCAUGCCAGUCUUACAGCACUAAGAAGUUCCAAUGAACAACAGCUUAAUGAAACUCUGCCUGAAAGGGCCCAUUCACAGGACUCAGAGGAUCCCAGUGGCUUUCAACCACCAUGUGAAAGUGAAAUAAAAGUAAUAGAUGAUAUACAUAAACCCCAAAUUGAGCUACAGGUGAAAUCAAAUGUUUCAACAGCUGUUGCAGAUGAAAAUGCACCAUUGCCAAAUAUUUCUGAAUCUAUGGCACAGAUUGUAGAAGUAAGCAACCUGAAAACUCUAGCAAGCAGUCAAAUGGAAGAAAGUUGUCUUGACCAACAAGCCAUAAGUAAGUUAAACCAGGAUGUUUCUGAUUCUCUGAUUUUAAGUGAUCUUUGUGAAGGAGCAGAUCACAGUGAUGCUGAAGAGCCUGUCAUAAGCAUGCAAUCGGAUGGCUUACAUGGACUGACAGACUACACAGGUGAAAGUACCACUGGUAUUACAGAAUGUGAUCCAACAGUGCAGAAAACAAUCUCUCCUAAUGUCGAACUGCCACAGACUUUGACAACAGAUAUCAAAAUGACUUGUGCUGAUGAUGGCUAUAAAAGUAAUGAGUCCAACCUUAAAGUAACAGAAUUGGCAGAAAAAAGAUCCCAUACAGAAAUAGAAGAGAAGACAAGUUUAGUGGAUGAAACCACCAAGAAAUAUGAACCUGGGGAAAUAAAUUAUGAAAGGGACUUGAUUGUCACAGGAGCUGAAAAUGCAGGAAUACAGGAAUCAAUACAGUUACAUAGUCCUUUAUUACCUGAACUCACAGACAUGGUUUCCAGCAAUGUUUUGAGUAAAACAGACAGCAUUCAAAAGACAGAGUUCCUACCAGCUGACUCCCAGGCAGAUCUACCAACUCUUUCUGUACCUGCAUUUUCAGAUAAUCAGCACACCGGAGUGAGCCAGCAACCAACAAAAUGUAUGAAUGACGGCAUUGUGGAUGGAUUACAAAAGGAUGAGCUAGAAAUUACAGCGUACCAAGGCUUCUUAGGUGCCACUCCCAAUUUUCAGAUUGUUGCUCCAGCUGCUACACCUGUACAUUCGGGUGAUACUUCAGCAGAGAAAAGCACAGCAGAUCAAAGGAUGCCCGAAGUACUAAAUUCAGAUACCAUUCCUUUAGAGUCAGUCCCUGAGAAGGACUCUGUGAUUCCAAGCCAAGGCAAGGAAGAGAGUGUCUUCACCUCACAGGACUCUUCUGAGCAAGGACAGUUGGAAGGUAAUUUGUCACCAUUUAAUUUCAAGAAACUGCAGACUGAGAUCUCGGCAAUUAAAACAAAAGGAGCAAAAAGUGAUGUAAACUUCAAAGCCCAGCAGUUUGACAGCUCGGUAGAAUCUGUUUUCAGCCUUUCAAGCUUAGAAGAGAAGCUUCUGAGCCUUUCAUCUUUUGGUAAGCAAACAGACUGUAAUGAGGACACUGCAACAAACAUCGCUUGUGUGGAUGACAAGCACAGUGAGAGUGUGCAAAAUAUAGACAAUGCAGAAAAAAACCAGGGUGCAUUUGCUGAGAAUUUCAGUAUCCCGAAGAUGGAAAUAAGUACUCCUAAAUCUGCAGAGACCUCUGAAAAACAGCACGAUGAUCAAUCUUCCAGGACCUUUGGUAUUGGUUUUUUUGAUUUCAGGAAGCAUAUUAGCAAAAUAUUUGAGAAGACAGUUCCAAGUACUCUCACUACAGAGGUGCCUCACCAUUCAGCUGAAAACAGAGCAGAUGAGAGAGACAGUCCAUCAGCCAAAGUAAUACCUCAGUGUAAGCCGGGACUGGAAGAAGCUGAUGGAAUAAUUGGGAGUGCUGAUCAGAAACCAGAAGGAGGUGUAUUCCCCUUAGAGGCUGAGGUUUUAGAUAGAGCUACUAAACAGAAAAUAGUGCAGGAAGAAAAGUCAUUGACAAACUCACCAGAGUAUUGUUUGUCUGAUGCUUUUUCAGAAAAUAUCCCAAUUAAAAAAUAUUAUGCAAGUGAAGAAGUGCUCACAAGUUUGCCAAAGUUAGAUAGUCAAGUAGACAGUUCAAGCAGCAUCAGGGUGAAGGGAGAGGCAAAUGAAUGUGCAAGUGCUGUAAGUAAUGAUAACAGUGCGAAUGGGAUGAGCCUCGAAACAGAAAAGCUGCAACCGGCAUAUUCAUAUAGCUCAGAAACGGAGGAUUUACCUCCCUCUUCUGACAGUGAGCUGUCUUUAAUGAUUACGUCAUUGAAUAAAUUUGUUCCAGCAAGUGAUUUUGGCAGAAUGACCAUGGCAGAAGUGGGGGAAGGCAGUUUAAUUAGUCUAGGUAGUGCAGAGCCAGGUUCAUCUGAAAACCAGUGUCACAACUCAAUGCCAAGUGUAGACAAGGGAACCAAAGAGAAUGUCACUAACCUAGGGAACACUUCAGCAUUGCCCCAUCUUCUACAUGGUCUUUGUGUGUACAGUGAACAAAUGGAGCAGUCCAGUAAAUUGCCUGAUGAAAAUAAGAAGAAAUCUACUUGCUGCAACCUUUUAGAUGAAAAUACACUUCAGGAGAAAGCCUUUGAAAGUACAACAUCCUUGUCAGUGUUAAUAGAUAGCCAAGAAAAAGAGAAAACUCAAGACAUAGCAAUACAUGGACUAAUAGAUUACUUAAAAAAUGAAGUAAGCCUUGAAGAUGAUUCUCCAGGUGACUGCAAACCCAAUGACGGGUGUGGGGAAGAAGUAAAUGACAUCAUGUUCAGCAUAGCAGAAGCAGAAGAACAUAUUUCUGUUGACACCCCUAAAACAGGUAUCGCCAGUACAUUAUUCACUGCUGACUGUGUCUCACCCUUGCAGUCUAGCAUAUGUGAUCAGGGAAUGGAUUCAAAAAAGAUUUCAGAAACCAUUCAAAAGAUGGAGCCUAAAUUGUUUACUGAUGUGCCUUCUCCAAAUCAAUCUGGAGAACAGAAUUUGGGACUUGAGAAGCCCCUUCUAGAUGUCCAGAAAAAGGAAUCAACCACUUCACUUCUUGAAUCUGAACAAAGCCUCCCUAGUUCAUCUCUUAACGUGGCCAUGGAUGGCUUACCAGCUAAAAGCAUUUCUGUAUCUGAUGGUUGCCAAGAUACUGGAAAUAGUGACUUACCUCUUCCUGACUUGAGAUCUGUGACUCCUCAAGCACCUACUGAGGUAGAGCAACCUGACCAGGAGAACAAGAGACUGACAGUGGAAGCAAAGAGGAGUUCAGACUCUGAAGAAGCAUUUGAAACACCAGAAUCUACCACUCCCGUGAAGGCUGCACCACCACUACCCCUGCCACCACCUGAAGUUGCAGCAUUUGACACAGAGGAACAGGAAGUACAAGCUCAACUUCCAUCAGAUGACAUAGGAUUUUGUUGUGAUACAGUAUUGAUAGCUGAUGUUCCACAUAGUGAAUCAGUUGAAGAAACUCCAUUCCAGCCUCCUUCCCACUCAUUUUCUACUGUUUUUGAUGAGGACAAGCCCAUUGCAAGCAGUGGGACUUACAACUUAGACUUUGAUAGCAUUGAGGUGGUAGAUUCUUUACAAGCCAUAGAUCCUGGUUCUGUGGACACAAGAAACCGUGACACCAAGUCACAUGUUAGAAGAAAAUCCACAGAUUCUGUUCCUAUUUCCAGAUCUACUUUGUCUCGAUCCCUUAGCUUGCAAGCUGGUGAUUUUGAUGGAACAUCUUUUCUUGGUAAUAACGAAACAGGGGGUUCAGCAACAGAAACAUUCAGUACUGGUUCAAGUAGUGCCUCUAGCACUCUUAAGCGCACAAAGAAACCAAGGCCAGCUUCCUUGAAGAAAAAACAGUUGGCAAAAAAGUCUCUGGAAGUUCCACCAGUCAAAGAGCCAGAACCACCUGACAUCAAGCAAGAUUCUGCUGCCGAGAGUGAAGGAAAAGUGUCUGAAGAGAGGUUGGAACCCACUGAAAGUGAAUGCACUGAGCCUUCCCAAAGUGCCAUUGAACAACAGGAGACUCCUACUCUAUCAACAGCAGACGAUCCAUUUGACCCAAAUAGCUUUGAAGAGAUAAGCACGUCCGUUGCUGGAAAUAAGAAGGUGCAGAACUCUCCCCCGGCCAGCAAGAAAGUUCUCCCUCUUACAACGGCACCAGAAGCCGUGGAGGUAACACCUUCGGACACUGGGGGACCUGAAGAUCCUCCAGUAAAAGCUGUGAGGCUGGAAUUUGAUUAUUCCGAGGAAAAAGGAAGUGGCGGAGAGCAGCAAGAAAGCCCCCCUCUGCCCAAAAAAGUGGGCAAAAAGCCUGGUGCCAAAAUGCCACUCAGGAGGCCAAAGACUAAAAAGACUGGGGAGAAGCUUGACAGUGUUCCCCCCACCCCCACCAAGACCCCUUCUGACCCAAAUGAGAUCCCUGUUCCCAAAGGCUCUUAUACAUUUGAUAUUGACAAAUGGGAUGACCCCAACUUCAACCCAUUUUCUUCCACUUGCAAAAUGCAAGAUUCUCCUAAACUGCCUCAGCAAACGACAGCAGCCUACACUUUCGAUCCAGACGUAUGUGAGGACUCAAUUGACCCUUUCAAGCCUUCCUCAAAGGUAGCUAGUUCUCCCACCAAAUCCCCAGCCUCUUUUGAAAUACCAGCUAAUGCCAAUGAAAUCAAUGGAACAGAAGGAGAUGGCCUCAGCAAACCUGCAAAAAAGAAGAAGACACCACUCAAGACUGAUACUUUCAGGGUGAAAAAGUCACCAAAAAGAUCUCCUCUGUCAGAUGCACCUUCACAGGAGUCCACAUCAUUACCUAUUUCUGAAACAACUUCUGUUGUGUCCACUGUGGUUCAUGCAACAGAUGAGGAGAAACUUGCAUCAUCAGUGGGCAACCAGAAAUGGACUUGUAUGACAGUGGAUCUAGAUUCGGAUAAACAGGAUUAUCCUCAGCCAUCGGAUCUAUCAACGUUUGUGAAUGAAACAAAGUUUAGUUCUCCCACAGAAGCAAGAUGAUGAUGCUC